GUGGCUCGGAGCCCCCCGCGCCGGCGUGGGGCGGCCCCUUGGCACGGGAGCGCGGGGCUGGGGAGUUCCGUACCGGGGUCCGUCCCCGCCUCAGGCUCCGGCCGCGGUCCCUCCGGUGCACGGUUCGGGGGAGCUCGGCCCCCCCGGAGCCUGCGGCCUAGGCUGAGGCCUGUUGGUUCGGAAGUUAUUUUUCUUGCACUUAUUUAUAAAUAAUCAUUUAGCGUCAGCUUUUUAAUAUUAUUUCGAUACCUAUAGACUUGCGCUGUGGUUUUGUUUUAUUUGUUUUGUCAUUUUUGGAAGCAAGAACAGAAGUUGCAGGCCUCUAGAGUCUCUUUUUUGAUGUUGGUGGAUCUGUUACCAAAGUGGCUGUAAACUCCCUUUGUUAGGAACGUUGUUAGAAUUCAAACACUUUGAGAAAUGGCUGUGGAAAAAAUUAAUAAACCAAGUGAUGAAGUUUUGUUCCAGGAGAUUCUCCAUGGACUUCAGCCAAGAGCACACACCUGCCUGCCUGACAGCAGAGCUCCUCAGGGGAAGUUAAGUGGCACUUGUAUCUUGGGUAUUGGCGGACUUGCCAGUACUAACAGACCUGACAAUACUAACUUGUAUUGGCAGACGCUGGUACAUAGAGAUAGGAAUGUAAUGUUACUGAGGUUCUGGAGAAUAUUUUAUGACUGAGUCACUGUCGGACAACUCGCAAAUGCCAUGCCUGUGAUGUGUAGAAAAGUACUUUUUCCAGUUAAAACAAAUACAAAAAACAAACCAGCAAAAGAAAGCUUCAGUCUCAUUUUGACUGGCUUUGGAACAGGUUGUAUGGUUCCCAAGGCUACUAAAUUAUUCCAAGUCAGAUGUAACAGAAAUAAACACGUUUGCUAAGUAGAGAAAACUUACUUGAGUAUGCUGUAGUUUUCCUCUGUUCCCCAGUGACUGUCAUGUUCACUUAAGCAAAUUAGAUAAGAGGUGUAGAGAUGUAAGAGAUGCCAAAUUUCAAUACAUUCUUGGUUCAUUGAAAGGAUUUGAUUUAUGAAAAAAGACAUGAGUAACAGUCCCUUUUCCUGAAGUUGCUGUCUGUGCACUCAUUCAGGGGUGGGUCAGUCAAUGACUGUCACAUCAGUUAGAAUAUUCAGCUUUUGGAUAUGCGAGAGCAGGUGGAGGCAAGGUAGAGUGCUGGGGAUCCAGGAGGAAGCCCCGUGUGAUGGAUUUUCCCCCUUUUCCUACUGAAACUUAAGGGGGGUGAAAUCCUAAGUCCUUUCUAUUUAGCAUGUGAUCCUGAGGGGUAGUGUCAGGGCAGUUGCCAGAUAUUCCCCUUGCUUUGUCAGUCUUGUCCAGCUACUAUGCUUUUAAAAUUCUGUUACUUAGAAGUAACCCUGCAACCAGAACAAAUGUCUCCAUCUUUUUGGUGUUGAGGCUGAACAGUAACACUGAGAGCUGUGUUUAUGAAGUCCAGCCUAGGUCCUUAGAGCCUACUUCAAAAAUCCUAUGUACAAGCACGUUUAGAUUGGCUGAGCAGUUACCUGGCCCUGAAGUCUGCAGCUACCGCAGCAAAAAGUCUUUGGAAGAGAAGAUGGAGAAGUUGAAACCAGACUCAAGGUUAGCUCAGCCCUGAAGGAAAACAAUGGUCCAGCUGCUUUAAGGUAGUAGUACAGAGGUAAGAUCUCCCUUUUGACAUAGGCAGUUUUUUUAAAAUCUGGGCCUAAUCUUGCUGUUUUAGGCAGGCAUGAAACCAGUGGCUCAGGUGAUUCAAGAAGGGUAGAUGUUUACCUUGUGUUUCUAUCGUUUGAGGUAGAGUAUGAUUUUUUCAUUACAGUUUUAAAAAUGUGGUUGUUUGCAUGGCGAAUUAUUGAUGAAAGUUCAGAUGGCUUCUGCUCGGCUAGUUUAAAGAUGUCGGUGUUUUUUUCCCGUUAAGCGUAUUUUGUGUUUAAACGAUGUCAGUGGCUAUUAGCACUCUGCUCUUCUUAUUUCAUCUAAAAGCGGUAUAUUACCUGGGAAAACAGCGCCGUGCCUGCAAGUACCAAGCACCCGGUCGCUGUGAGAGCCCAACAACGCCGCCGUUGUGCGGGGGGCAGCGGGCGGAGAGGAUGCCGAAGAUGCCGGCACAGGCACCGCCUCGGCGCACGCCGCGCUCCGGCUGGCCCCGCCCGUUCCGCGGUGAUGGAGCGGCGCUUCCGGCGGGCGCGGAGGGAGGGACGGCCCGGCCGGAGCCGCGUGUGAGCAGCGCCGAGCCCGUGGGUGCCCGCCCGCCGGCCCCGGCCUCCCCGCCCGGCGCCCCCCGCCCGCAGGAUGUUCAAGAAAUUUGAUGAAAAGGAGAAUGUAUCAAACUGUAUCCAGCUGAAGACUUCAGUUAUUAAAGGUAUCAAGAAUCAACUGAUAGACCAGUUUCCUGUUAUUGAACCAUGGCUAAACCAAAUCAUGCCAAAGAAAGAUCCAGUCAAAAUAGUGAGAUGUCAUGAACAUAUAGAAAUCCUCACUGUUAAUGGAGAGUUGCUGUUCUUCAGGCAAAGAGAAGGGAUUUUUUACCCGACGCUAAGGUUGCUUCACAAAUACCCAUUUAUUCUCCCGCAUCAGCAGGUUGAUAAAGGUGCCAUUAAAUUUGUCCUGAGUGGAGCUAAUAUAAUGUGCCCUGGCCUGACGUCUCCUGGAGCAAAGCUUUACCCUGCUGCUGUUGACACUGUUGUUGCAAUAAUGGCAGAAGGAAAACAACAUGCAUUAUGUGUGGGAGUAAUGAAGAUGUCAGCUGAGGACAUUGAGAAAGUCAACAAAGGGAUUGGUAUUGAAAAUAUCCACUAUUUAAAUGAUGGCCUUUGGCAUAUGAAGACAUACAAGUGAAACAACAGGAACUGUUACUCCAAAGGAAUGCACUUAGAUUAAAUGUGGACUGCUUUGUAAUUCCUUGUUUUUAAUGUGACUGAAUGUACAAAUUAUUUUGUUCUGUGGCUAUGCUAAAUAAAUCAAAUGCAAAAGUA